AUGAUCAGCGUUGCGGUACCGGCGUCUGGUGGUUGUGGGUACGCGUUUGACGUACGACGCAGAACAGGGGCGAGGGGCUUCCGUAGAAGAGAUUUCGUUGGAGCAGCUCAGCCGCGGCGGCGUGGGUGGCUAUGUCCUGCGUGUUCGCACGUGAGUGUCGACCCCCGUCGCGUGUGUGGUGUUUGUCUUGCGGUGGAGCCGGGCGUGGUGAUGGACGACCUGCGCGGAGGUGUCGUUGACGACGGCAACGGGGCCGUGGGGUGGCGCUGCGGCAACCACGGUGUGUCGGAGGACCCGAUGGUGCGUAUUUUGACCCUCCCGCAUGGGCGUUGCUAUCGUCUUACCGCCGCUGCAGCCGAACCGCACGGCGGCCGGGUGGUGGGCAGCACGGGGUGGGUGAAGGCGGAGUCUUCCGUAGAGAGGCGGGGCGGCGACGCUGGCCCGUGGGCGACGGCGUCGUACACGCAUUUUGUGUCGCUCCCGAUUGGAAAGUUGCCUGCUGUGCGGGCGAAUGCAACGCUCCUGCUGGAGGCGAUGAGGCACCGCUGUGUCGACCCGACGGCGAUGGUGACAGACGACAUCUUCACCACCGCCUCUCGCAUGCACAUCACUCUCCUCAUGCUGUCGCUUCCAACACAGGCGGCGGUUGCACUGGCCAAGGUGUGCAUGCAGGCACUGGAGAAGAAGAUACGGACGUGGCAGGAAACACCACGCAGCACCAAUGUCACCGAGGCCGCUGACGACGAGUGCGGCGUGUUGCAGAUUCAUCUUGGUGGUCUGCAUGUGAUGAAGGGGCGCGGACGCAACGAGAAGAAGGCAGAUGUGUUGUACAUGGGGCUUGCGGAUGCCGCCUCGACGUCGCUGCUCGCCACGCUUCAGAAGCUUGUGCAUGAAUGCUUUGCGGAGCUCACCGUGAACGACCCUUAUGGGAAAAAACAGAGUGAGUUGCUGCAUAUGACGCUGCUGAACACCAAGUGGAGGGGUGGCGAGGCGACUCAAGAGGGCUGUGGAGCGGUGGCAAAGCCACGUCCUCGCAUUUCAUUCGACGCCACACACAUACGACAGGAGUUUGGGCAUGUAACACUCAGCGGCGGAGGUACUAACGGCGCCAUCGUGUUGGAGUGCGUAGAACUGAACGCCCUACACUACGACUCGGAGCGUGAGUGUUAUCCCUGCGAGUGCGUCAUUGCCAUGUAG